ACUGAACUCACUCUACAGGUGUGUUCACACUUCCGUUAGCCUCCAUAAAGACAUCAACAACAAGCAUUUUCAUUCAUCACCAUCAUCAUUCCGAGCCAAUACAAUAAUAAUUUUUCUGUGAUUAGAGAUGAGUGAGAAUAAUACACCAAACUUUGACGCAUUCUCUCCAAUUGUAUUUCCAAUGGAUCUGCCAACGGCAGGUGGUAGUAAUCAAACAUCAUCAUCAGCAGUCGGUGGUGGAUCAUCAUCAUUGGGUUUGAAUACAUCGAGCAAUUUUCUAACACCUUCAGUCUUUGAAACGAAUGUAAGAGUUGGCGUUAAUCAAACUUCAAGUAUUAAACCGAUUAGAGCUGUGGGUCUUGAUGCUUUUAAUAAUGAUACUUCAUCGGUGCCAAUUUCUAAUGAAGAAUCACCACAAAUAUUUACACCAGGCAUCACAGCUGAACUUUUAAAUACACAAACACCAAGGAUUCAACUUUUACCUCCAACUCCAACACCAAACGAAACUCCAUUCGCAACCAAGAUUGACAAUCUUUAUCCACAGCAGGUUGAUCCAUUGAGCAACUUUGAUUUUGGACAAAAGAAUCAUAGACCUGUAGGUGCUGCAAAUAUUGUGACACAAUAUCCUGCCAAUACUUUUAAUAUGCAUGUCAUGAAGGGUUUCUUUAUUGAUCCAAGUCAAGUUGCCGCAGUUCCACAAGGUAUGCCACAAAUUCCAGGUCCCAGUAGUGAUUCGCCAUCGUCACCAACUGGUGAAUGUCUUCCAACUGGUACUUUACUUUCUGUUAUUAGAGGAUUUAGUAUUGAUGAUGGAGUUCCAGAAGAACCUGGUGGCAGAGACAAUAAGAAACCACUCACUUCACACACUGUUCAAGUUAGAAUUGCUGACCUAGUUGCCGAACAUCCAUUAGGUCCAAAUCAAACCUACGUAAUCAAAUGUGUAUUAUUAGGUUAUAAACGAUAUGAAAAGGAAGAAUUAUCAACAUUAGAAUCAAUACCAAUUGAAAAUAUUGAUAACCCUGCAGAGUAUGAAGAAUUUGUCUUUAACAAUCUGAUUGUUAAACAAACAAGUCACAGCAAUGGUCAAAAGUUAUUCUUGAGAUUUAAACUUGAAAUUAAUUCUGAUAGUGGAGAACAAGUAUUGGAAGCUUUAGAUACUACACACUUUAAAACAGUCACAAAGAGAGCUGUCAUUAAAAGAGGUGUAACUAGGAAAUUGAGCGAGCAAAAGAAGACAGCAACUGUAUUGACAGGAGCAGAACCAAAAUACAGUGUCACUUCUGGUGGUCAAUUGAUAAAACUGGUAACAAAUAACAUGCCAGAAAAGGUCAGAGUUCAAACAAUUGUAGUUAAAUUUGGAGAAAAGAAAGCCAGAAGAGUUCACUCAGCUAGGGAUAAUGUAAUUAUUUGUGAAACACCUGAAUAUCCAAAAUCUGACAAUGUACCAAUUUCUGUUUCAUUAGAUAGUGGAGCAACAUUUUUCCAUUCGUCUGGUGUUAAAAUGUCGUUUAUUGACCCAACUGAUGGAUUACCAGAUAUCACUCCUCACAGUCAAACAUUUGUUGUGAACUUUGCUCAGGCUGCCAGUGACCUUAAACAUGACAGAGAUGAAGAUACCGAACCAAAUAAUAAGAAAAAGUCUAAGAAAUAAAUGUAAAUUUAAAC